CUCCUGAGCCCUUUUCAUUCUGGGUUCUGUCCUGUAAUGGGGAGGAGGCUACAAGUGGGCAUGGAAUAUGCUGAGCGGGUUGCAGAGGUGCAUCUGGAUGGAAGAAGAUACCAGACUUGGGACCGAGAAUGAAUGCCAUCCCAGCCAGGGCGGCCUGGCUCAGCUUCCUCUGCCCUCGGGGCCACUGAACGGGGGAAAAAGAAAAACUAAAGACUAGAAGAUAAGAAGGACAGAGUAGCAGAAGCCAAAGGGAAAUUAGAAUUGGAGAAACCACCUGACAAGCCUGAGGACAGUGGUCAGUGAGGGAGACAGGUCCCAAGCCUGAGGUAAUGACUGCCAGGCUACACUUGAGGGCCGCCUUACCUCACCCCAUCACCAACUGUCUUCGUCAUAAUGGGGCUCUUUGCUGACACAACAGGGGUAACCUAGGGAGGGUGCAGCAGUGGCUCAGACACUUGGAGAGCCUGCUCUUUCAAGCAUGAGCUGUACCACCUGGCUCCCCAACUCCCAGUGUGCUCUUACCUCUGCCUGCCUGGUGUAGGGUCCUGGAGACCUUCUUGGAGUUCAUCCAGCAGCCAUCAUGCAAGGUGGUGCUAGGGGCCAUCAUCUUGCUAGGAGGAGGAGGCCUCAUGCUGUGGGCUCAGAGGAAGAGAAGUAAGAUAACCCCUGAGUCUGCGCAAGAUGAGUCUCCGGAAUCCCACAAAACAAAGGAAAGCUGGAUCAAAUCUCACUUCAGCUGCCUGUCUGAGGAGAAACUGGCCCCUGACAACCAUGCCUGUACCAGCAGGAGUGCUGUCCAGCCUGAGAGUGGGAGUGGGAAGGCCAGCACCACGAUCCGCAUGGAGACCGUCACCUCCAGGCCUGGGGAAAGGGGCUCAGCUCUGCACCGGGAAUCUGUCACCAGCAAGCAGAAGAUGUCUGGAUCCACUGUGACCCAGAAGACCCACAGGGAGUCGGGAAAGCCCUCUUCCAUGGAUGAGGCCACAUGGGCUGCUGUGGCUGCUUGUGUCGAGGAGAUUGACACCAAGGGGCAGCAUGUGGCUGACUCCAUGCUGCAGCGAGCCAAGGCUUACAAACACUCAGGUCACUUGGAGUCCAGGGAUAUCAACCCAGAGGAGCUGAAGGCCCUCGAAGAGGUGGAGAUGAAGCUGAAAAGGAGUUUCCUCACCCAGCGGGAAACCGCUGUGGCUGGUGCCAACCACACACGUACUUUCUAUGGCCAUCAGAGCCAUCAGAGCCAUCAGGGUCACCCGGGCCACCCGAGCCGCAGCCUGCCCAGCCGCAGCCACCAAGAUGUAUAAUUCCUGAAGCUGCCUGAGCACACGCCCCUUCCCCCAGCAGGGCUGGCCACACAAACAGGCCUGUUUUCUCUUCUACAGGGAAACUUCUUGGCCCAGGGCGAGAUGCUGUCACCAAAAUCCUUUCUUCCUUGGCCCUUUCCCCAGGGGUCAUGAGUGGACUCUUCCUUAGAAGAUGGACCCUGGUGGAGGAAGAGCUGUGACAGACCCUGAGGUCCCUGAAGACAUUUGGAGAGGAGACAGAUGAGGCAGACCACGGGAGCAACCAAGAGCCCCAGACGGAUGCCACACGCCUGGAAUGGAGCCAAUAAAGCCUUGUAUCCCCUCACUCCUGUGUCAAGGGACUCUGUGGCCAUCCAGGCUGGGAGAGGUGAAGGGGAAGGGUUCCUUCUCCAACAGUAGCUGAAUCCGGGCCUUGUCUUGAUCCUUUGCAUUGGGCUUGCUUUUAAGACUCCAGGAAGCGGCUCCCCUGACCCAUCCAUCCCCCUCCUACCCCACACUCUUCCAGUCUCAGGUGCUCAGGAGGAGAUACCUCUAGGGCUCCCCAACCCACUAAUCUGCUAUUGCCAGAGAAGGAGGAACCAGGCAGGAAUGGUGGGGGGUAAGGAAUAGGCUGCGACCCUGUCCUCUUGGUGCCGUCUCAAAUCCAUGGUGUCCCACGCUGUAUCUCCCUCCCUGCCCCAUCUGCUUCCAGGUACCCAAGGGGUCAGGUUAGAACCUCCCUACUGUCUGCAUCCGCAGCUCUUAAACUUGUCUAUGUCACUACUGCUGGGCCCCUGACUGCGGCUACCGUUGCUGCUACCAGUGUUACUAGUAUUACUGGCAGCUUCCUCU